CAGAGUUCUUUGAGAGUUCUUGGUUCUAUACAGAACACUGCUUUUACUAAAGAACAACUGAAGAACCGUCUUUUUAAGACUGUGGCGCAUUUAUACCAAAGGAAGAACGGACAGCAAAGACGCACCAAACACUGGUUAUAUCGUGGGCAGCUUCCUCCGCUGAAAGAAGUAGUUCCACAUGGAUGGAUUCGGAGCGCAGCCGUGCUCCAGCAGCUCGGGAGAUGGAGUCAACGUUCCACUUACAGAGGAACACACAAACCACACAACACACACGGGAACCGGAGCAGUCCAGCAGUGAAUCAACAGAUACCGAGACCACAGAUAAGGAGCGCGCGUGCGGAGUUCCUGAAGAUCAGAAGCAGAAGAAAGCGCGCAGGCAGCGCACGCACUUCACCAGCGCGCAGCUGCAGGAGCUCGAGGCCACCUUCCAGCGGAACCGCUACCCGGACAUGAGCACGCGCGAGGAAAUAGCGGUGUGGACAAACCUCACCGAGGCCAGAGUCAGGGUGUGGUUUAAGAAUCGGAGGGCGAAGUGGAGGAAGCGUGAGCGUAAUCAGCAGAUGGAUUUGUGUAAGAGCGGCUAUCUGCCGCAGUUCAGCGGUCUGGUGCAGCCGUACGAAGACAUGUACCCUCCCUACACCUACAACAACUGGACCAAUAAGGGCCUGGGGCCCACCCCCCUGUCCACCAAGAGCUUCCCCUUCUUUAAUUCUAUGAGCCCCCUGACCUCCCAGUCUGUUUUCUCUGCCCCCAGCUCUAUCUCCUCCAUGACCAUGGCGUCGGGUAUGGCACACUCUGCGGUGUCCGCCGUGCCCACCGCGGGCAUCAACAACAUCAGCAACCUGAACGGCAUAGGCAGCUCUUCCAUUGGCUCCUCCAUGAGCUCUGCCCCCUGCCACUACGGGCCCCCGACCACCCCUUACUCCGUGUACAGGGACUCCUGCAGCUCCAGUAUCGCCCCCCUUAGGCUGAAGCCCAAACAGCACCCACCCUUCAGCUAUAGCCCGGGCUCCUGCCAGUACAACAGCUAAUACACAUCCUCACUCAGCCUGCCAGGACCACCCAGCCCACCACGCUCCACCCCCCAUCGGAGCAGCCGCUGAUGGAUUAUGCGGGUUUUCUGUGUUUACUGGACCUUAAUAUCCAUGUUUUGUUGGGAUUUCAGAGUGAUGAAGAUGUUCCGCUGUAAAUAAUAACGAACAAACAGGACAGACUGAGCUAUCAAAGUCCAAACAGACUGAUUUCGACUGGGACUCCAUCGUCAUUUUAGUGGAUUCAUAACUUUAAAAACUUUAAAAACUUUUAAAACUUAAAAAAUUUUACCAGGCCUCGCGCCGCCCAGCUUCACACCCAUUUCUAUUUUAUUUUAAUUUUUAAACUUUGUCUUCUCGUUGUUUAUUAUUUGGUCAUUGGUAGAUGAACCGCAUGCUGAGAGCAAAAAAAAAAAAAAUUGUUUUGUACAGAACUGUCAAUGUAGAUUAAAACCAAACGAAGCUCCAAUUAGCCUCUCCAAAACAUGAAUACAACUGUCCGCACGUGUUUAUGGAAGUGUUUGA